AUGACGCGGCCCUACACGUCGUCGGAGCUCAACGACAGCAGCCUGCACCGCCCAGAGUGGACCAACCGCCGCGGCCAGUUUGUGUUCGCCAACUCGAGCGCGUGGCCGUCGGGCGGCGCGGUGGAGAGCAAUAUCAGCCUAGGCAACGCGGUGUGGAGGGCCUACCUGGAGCCCGAGGACGGGUGGCGGCCGCCGUGGGAGCGCGGCCUGAUUGCGGCGGUGGUGCUGGUCAGCGGUGUGGUGGCGGCCCUGGUGGGAGUCAUCACCGCGUCGUGGGCGCAGCGGCGGCGGCUGCUGAGUACGGUCAUGGAGGCAAAUGUCCGCCUGGCGGACACCACUGCGAAGCUCCAGGAGGAGAAGCUGCGCCUGGACGCCCUGUUAGUAAGGCAGUACAACUUGCUGGCGGUGCUGGGCAGCCCGAGGCGCCACGGCAGCUGCUGCGGCAGCGGCGGCGUUGUCAAGGAGCACAGCAGCUCUGACGGCUUGGUGCACGGCACCGUGUCGCAGGGGCUUACGCUCGAUCGCAUCGAGAACAUGCGGCGCCAGCUGGCGGUCAACAGCAACAGCAUCGCCCAGGACCUGGAGAGCAUCCAGACGGUUGACCUGCUGGGGGAGGGCACCUUCGGCAAGGUGUUCAAGGGCCUGUGGCGCGGCACCACCGUGGCGGUCAAGACGAUGAUCCUGCCGGCCAACAUGAGCGGCGCGGAGAAGAGGGAGAAGAUGUGGCUCUGA